AUGUUUUUAAAUGAUCCCCUUACUAAAGCAUGCGAUGAAGAAAAUCUCGAACAUAUUAAAUCUCUUAUAAAGAAUGGUAAUUAUAAACAAGUAAAAUCGUUAGAUAAGCCACUCAUUUAUGCAUCAUGGUUAGGUAAUCUUGAAGUCGUUAAUUAUCUUAUCUCUAUUGGGGCUGAUAAAGAAGCAAAGGAUAAAUAUGGAUAUACUCCACUCAUUUUUGCAUCAAGAAAUGGUCUUCUUGAAUUUGUUAAAUAUUUUAUCUCAGUUGAUGCUGAUAAAGAAGCAAAGAAUAAAUAUGGAUAUACUCCACUCAUUUGGGCAUCAGAAGAAGGUCAUCUUGAAGUUGUUAAAUAUCUAAUCUCAGUUGGAGCUGAUAAAGAAGCAAAGGAUAAAGAAGGGUAUACUCCGCUCAUUGGAGCAUCAAUGAAAGGUCAUCUUGAAGUUGUUGAAUAUCUUAUCUCAGUUGAUGCUGAUAAAGAAGCAAAGGAUAAUUUUGGAAAUACUCCACUCAUUUGGGCAUCAUGGAAUGGUCAUCUUGAUGUUGUUAAAUAUCUAAUCUCAGUUGGUGCUGAUAAAGAAGCAAAGGAUAAAGAAGGGUAUACUCCGCUCAUUGGAGCAUCAAUGAAAGGUCAUCUUGAAGUUGUUAAAUAUCUAAUCUCAGUUGGAGCUGAUAAAGAAGCAAAGGAUAAUGAUGGAUAG